AUGUUUUUACCUACAGUGAUCCAACUUAACCGCUUCAAAGUAGCCUGCGACGUACAGGGCAACUACAACAACAUCACAAAAUACGAAUGCGCGGACUGUCAACUGACUGACAUACUGUGCAACGGGCAGUCAGUGUUGGCAGCUGGGCGCGUCACCAUCAUUCCUCAGUCGCAGCAAAUUAGUUACAACUUCCCAAGUUUCGCGGACCAGUUCUCCUGUGUGUACAUGGGUUUCUUCAAAGUAAAAGACACAGUUUAUAAGAAGGUCGUGGCAGUUAUUGAAAGUAAGUCCUUUAAUAUUAAGUAUAUCACUCUCCAAACGCCUAAACAUAAUGUUUGUUUAGCCGUGAAAAUCCCCGACGUGGUGAAAAUACCGGCACCAAAAGAAGACGAUAGCUUGGACCAGGAAAUCAUGUUCGAGGCUGAAAAUGACGCCUGUGACGUCAGAGAGGUAAUCGUCAAUGGAAUCAGUUUGGAGCAAUCCGCUAGAAGAUCAACUGCAGUUGGCCAAGCUAUGUUCCAAGUCACCCAGAACACUAUAAACAUCCACAUAGGCCCGUUCCUGGAAGCGUAUGCUGGCACAUACCAGGCCAAGUUCGCAUGCGGAGAUGAAACCAUCACCAAGAACAUUAUGGAGGUCACAUUGUUAAUGGCGGCAAAAACGACGCUGAAGGUGGUGGAGGUGGUGGGGGCGGUGGAGGCGGUGGAGGCGGUGGAGGUAGUGGGGGUGGUGAAGAUCUUAGUGUUGGACGGUUUUACAGUACUCACACCCGCAGGAGUCAAGUUAGAUGUCUACGAGGCGUCCUGCACUUUAGCAGGAGAGUGCAAAGAAGAGAAAACAUACAACUGCGAAGGCUGCACGCUCAAAGGUGUCAAAUGCAACGAUGCUGCCGCUGAUGCUGCCAAGGUCGUGAUUGAUGCAGAUAAUAAGAAGAUCGUUUUUGACUUCAAAGCGUUCGCAGAUACGGACUCUUGUGUGUACAUGGGCGAGUUCGAUGUAAACGGCAAUGCGCAUAGCCAACCUGUAGCUGUUAUAGACACUCAAGACGUCACCCUCGAAAAACAAAAGAAGGCUGCGAAAGAAGGCGAAGCUGUGGAAGAGACAAUUACAUUCACACCGGCUGAAGAAAAGAAAACUGAAGUAGUGGAGGUACGCGUUAACGGACUGGUUGUAGAAAAGAAGGCGGACAAAUCGGACAUUCCAACUUAUGAGGUAGACGACGAGAAGAAGACCAUAAAGAUCUCGGUUCCCAAACUGUCCGCGCAAUACGCGGGUCACUAUCAAGUCAAGUUCAAGGUCGAAGGAGCAGAGGUUACCAAGACUAUUUUGGAAGUCGAAAUGGAAGCUGGGGCUUCCGAAACUAAACCUGCAAGUCAAGAUGAUAGCGGCACUGGAGACACAUCCGCAGACGUCAAGUUAGAUAUCUCAGCCAAGGCCUGCAAAGUGGAUGAUAAGUGCGACGUUGGUGAAACAUCAUAUACCUGCGAAAGCUGCGAGUACAAGGGUGUGAAGUGCAACGGUGUUGAAGCUGCUGCUGAUAAAGUCAAGGGCGAUGCGGCGGCUAAGAAGAUCACUUACGCUUUUGAGAAGUUCGCAGAUACGGACGCCUGUGUGUACAUGGGACAGUUUGAUAUAAGCGGCAAAGAGCACAGCCAGCCAGUAGCGAUUAUAGAGACUACGGGUAAGCCCUUUUCGUGA